AUGACGGAUGGCUGGGAGUCUUACACCUUCCAUUCCAAAUGCGAUUUUAAAGGACCGACAGUUACAUUUAUCCGUGUUGGUAACUAUAUCUUUGGAGGAUAUGCUGGCGUCUCUUGGCAGAGACAUGCUUUGGGAUUUUACCACGAGCAAUCUCGUCCAGAUAGAGACAACUACGUCACUAUAUACACGCAAAAUAUUAUGCAAGGUAUGGCGUACAACUUUAAUAAAUACGGAAGGAAUACUAUAGACUCGCUUGGUACACCGUACGAUUACACAAGCGUGAUGCAUUAUGAUGCCUAUGCCUUCAGUGCUAAUGGAAGACCAACAAUCCUUCCGAACAAACAAGGGGUUAAAAUUGGCCAGCGGGAUGGAAUCAGUGGCAUGGACACAAAACAAAUGAACCUUUUGUACAAAUGCAAUGGUGGAUCAACAGGUGGAAAUCAAGGUUGUCAAGAUGAUCACAAGCACUGUGAAUACUGGGCGUCUCUUGAUGAAUGCAAAAAGAAUCCAGACUAUAUGCUGAAAAAUUGCCGGAAGAGUUGUAAAAUUUGUUCAGAGUGCAAAGACACGGACAAAAACUGUGAAUACUGGGCAUCACGCGGCGAGUGCAAGAAGAACCCUAGCUGGAUGUUAAACAACUGCAAAAAGAGUUGUCAGAACUGCUAAAGAUGAAAUUUUGUCAUCAACCUCAAUUCGUACGAGGAAAAUAAAUGUGUCAAAUCCUAGUUUGUUGUCGUAAUGAUCAAUGAUUUAGAGAGCAAUUACCUCCGCACCGGCCAGAAAAAUGCGAAGAGCUAGUAUUAUAUAUCUUUUAGGCUGUCGAAUAAGAGAUUUACUCAUUAUUCGACUAAUAUGUAUUCCUUUUAUUUCUGUAUAAAAUUCGUUUAUUUAUCUUCAUACCGUAAAACUCUCGUGCCGCGCAUGCAUAUAGUUUUAGAUACAGUUUUUUUUUUUUUUGGCUGGACCGUAACUAGGAUUUUCAAUCACACUUUUUCCAGUGUUCCCUUGAUCGGAUCGAAGUGAAACUUAUAUCAGUUGUUGGAAAUAUAUUGAAGCUUGUUGCGAUGUAUUUUUAGGACAAUAGAUAUUUCCGUGGGAAUACGAAUUUAAAAAAAUCAAUAUCGGUAAAAAUCAAUUGUUUGAUCGCCCAAAUUUGCUGCAAGAAAAGCUAACACCAAUAUCUUGAACUAUAGUGUAUGGC